UUUGGCCUAAGCUGGCCACACUAACCCUUUGCGACUGUUAAAACCCCGCAGCUGAGACAAAAAAAAAAGAAGCGAUUUUCAAGGUGAAGUAAUUGGCUUUAAAAUAACAGCUACUCAACAGAGGCGGGGAGCAGCAGCAGGGAGCAGCAGCAGGGAGGUGGAGCAGGAGCAGCCUUAGUCACAAGAGCACAAAGCAAAAAACAAAGGUAACCCCAGGAACUCCGAAAAUGAGUGCCAAGAGCAGGAGACCCGGAACCGCCGGCAGCCAGACGCCCAACGAGUGCGUCCAGGUGGUGGUCCGGUGUCGGCCCAUGAGCAAUCGGGAGCGUUCCGAGGGCUCACCGGAGGUGGUCAAUGUCUAUCCCAACCGGGGCGUGGUGGAGCUGCAAAAUGUGGUGGACGCCAACAAAGAACAGCGCAAGGUCUUCACCUACGAUGCGGCAUACGAUGCCAGCGCCAAUCAAACCACGCUCUACCACGAGGUAGUCUUUCCCCUGGUCAGCUCUGUCCUGGAGGGAUUCAAUGGCUGCAUCUUUGCCUAUGGACAAACCGGCACCGGCAAGACCUUCACCAUGGAGGGAGUGCGCGGCAACGAUGAACUGAUGGGCAUUAUACCCCGCACCUUUGAGCAGAUCUGGCUGCACAUCAAUCGCACCGAGAACUUUCAGUUCCUAGUGGAUGUCUCCUACUUGGAGAUCUACAUGGAGGAGCUGCGGGAUCUACUGAAGCCCAACUCGAAGAAUUUGGAGGUCAGGGAAAGGGGAUCUGGUGUGUAUGUGCCCAACCUGCAUGCCAUCAACUGCAAGAGUGUUGAGGACAUGAUACGGGUGAUGCAGGUGGGCAAUAAGAACCGCACCGUGGGAUUCACCAACAUGAAUGAGCACAGCUCCAGAUCCCAUGCCAUUUUCAUGAUCAAAAUCGAGAUGUGUGACACGGAGACCAACACCAUUAAGGUGGGCAAGCUGAACCUCAUCGAUCUGGCGGGCAGCGAGCGGCAAUCCAAGACGGGAGCCUCGGCGGAGCGGCUGAAGGAGGCCAGCAAAAUCAACCUGGCUCUCUCCUCCCUGGGCAAUGUGAUCUCCGCUUUGGCUGAGAGUUCGCCCCACGUACCCUACCGUGACUCCAAGCUUACACGCUUGCUGCAGGACUCACUUGGGGGCAACUCCAAGACCAUUAUGAUAGCCAACAUUGGUCCCUCGAACUACAAUUACAAUGAGACGCUGACCACCUUGCGCUAUGCCUCGCGGGCCAAAUCCAUACAGAAUCAGCCUAUCAAGAAUGAGGAUCCUCAGGAUGCCAAGCUGAAGGAGUACCAGGCGGAGAUUGAGCGUUUGAAGCGGUUGAUAGCUCCCCAGCAACACCAGCAGACUAGGCGGAGUGAGCCCAAGAAGCGCACCAAAAAGCCCAAAAAGGAGAUACUGGCCAAGGAAAUGACUGGCUCCUUGAAGGCUUCCCAUGUAGAGCAGCCUGUGGAGGAGGAGAGCGAAGCCGAAGAAGCCGAAUCCGAGUCUGACAAGGAAAACGAGGCCGAAGUGGCCAAGUCCAAUGAGGAACUGGAAAGAGAGCGAGUGGAGAACACCAAACUGGCGGCCAAGUUGGCUGAACUGGAGGGUCAGCUAGUGCGCGGAGGUAAGAACCUGCUAGACACCUACAGCGAGCGGCAGAUAGAGCUGGAAAAGAAGCUGGUGGAGAUAGCAGAGCGCAAGAAGCGUGAGAUUGAGAUUCAGCAACAGCUGGAGCUGCAGGAGGAAACCACUCUGGAAAUCAGAGAACGCAAUGUCUCCCUGGAGCAGGAGGUAGAGCUGAAGAAACGCAAGCUAUCCAAGUGCUAUGCCAAGUAUUUGGCCCUCCAGCAGGAACUAAACGACUGCAAGUCCGACCACAACCAGGACCUCAGGGAACUGGAGAUGGCCCAGAACGAGCUGGUCAAGGAGCUGAAGCGCCAGCUUUUGAUCAUAGACAACUUUGUGCCCAUCGAGGUGAAGCAGCGCCUGUACACGCAAGCCAAGUACGACGAGGAGCAGGAGGAGUGGAAGUUCUCCUCGAUGUCACUGCCCCUGCCCCCCGGCGGCGAUGGCAAGUUCAGCAGCAAGCGUCCAGUUUCCCAUCCACAGCGACGAAGACCCAUCUCCGAGCAUGCCCUGCAGGAGGCCAAGUCGAAUGCACCCAGCUCCCUGCGCUUCAAGAGCGAGAAUAUCGUCAACUACGAGCUGGAGAUGCCCUGCCGCACCACCCAGGAGUAUCGUACGCCCAAGGUAUCUGCCUCUUUGCAGGCAGUCCUAGCCCAGGCGAUGCAAACGGGUGGGGAUGACAUCGACAUUGUUGACUCGCACACAAACUCGCUGCGCAGCCGCUUGGAGAACAUCAUCAAUGCGAAUGCCAAGGGGGCGGCGGCAGCGGGAGCAGGAUCUGGAGUAAGUCCAGUAGCUAUGGGCAGCUCCAUGCCGAAUGUAAGGAACAUCAAGUCCAGCCGCGGACUGCCGAGUGCCGGUUCCAAUCUGGACUCCAACAGACGUCCGCCCACGGGCCGUGUGGCAACAACGGCGGCCAAGAAGCCUGCCUCGGCGUAUCCCAAGGCCCGUGGUUUGGUCAACAAAUAAUAGUCGCAAAAACAACUCGAAUCGAAUUAUAAACUAAAGCUAACCAAUCUCAUGCGAACACACACAGCACUAACCAAAGUAUUUAUAGUCAACGCAAUGCGUAAACCUAGCCCAAUCUUCACUCCAAGACACUUUAAGCUUUGCAAGUUUCCUUUUAUGUUUAUUGUUUUUAUUUUUUGCCAGCUCAAGACACUGGCAUUACCACAACUCAACCAUUAAUUCCAUUUUAGUUAAUGAAGCUAUUUCCUUAAUUGUUUAAAUGUUUUUUUGUUACUCGACUUUAAUUACACAGGCCAACAAAAUUUUUAAAAUCACGGAAUAUACUUUUCCGAUAGUUUUUGAGAACCGAAAUAUUAUUUUCAGAAUGUUUUUGAUAGGCUGAUCUGGAAUCUGGCCUUAAAAAAUGGUUUCUACAUCAGGUUUUUGAAAUAUUCCAUCUUAAAAGUGCAAGGAAUUUGGUUUUUGAAACUUUUGAGGUGCUGUAAAUUCAAUAUUGAAAUUAUAGCACCUCAAACGUACUGAAAAACCUUAUUUUCUGAUCUAUUAAGUUUAAAUAUUUUAGGUCAGCGCUUUAAAAACUAUCGGGAAAAGUAUUUUUCGUUUCGUGGUUCUAAAAACCUGUUGACCUGUGUUAUUUGUUAUUGAUUUUAAGAGUGCCACAGAAAUCUCUGAGGUUUUGAAAUCAUUUAAAGAUGUGUCUUAAAAAUAUGCAACGGAGUUUUUUGGGUCCCAAUUCCAGUGUAAAGUUGUCAUAUUUCUAUUGUAAGGUAUUACAUUUCGUGGUUGUAUUUGGGUCAUGAUACAAUUAUUUAAUUAAUUAUAUAAUUGCAUCAUGAUUCUGAUGAUACAAUUUUAAAUGAUUUUAAAACCAAAGAUAUAUAUUUCCAUGACAUCUUUCGUUAAGCAUUUAACGGCCUGGGCCAGUCCUUCUUCUAUUGUGCAAUCUAAGCUUAAGUUAAACGCAACUGCAACAGUCUCUAUAUUUACAUAGUAAAUGAUCCUUAGUUAAACUUAUGAACCAAAUAAAGCAACUCCAUAAACACAAA